AAUGCGCUUGUAUUUUAGUGUUGAAGAGAUUGACUUUAUGCACACUUACAUAAUACUGCAUUGGUUUUUAAAUUGUCCGACUAAUUUUUCAUAGGUUAUGACUUGGCAUACUGGGCAUCAUUAUGAUGAGGGAGCCCACGAAAGGCAACACCGUGCCUCGAUAGUAGAAAAUCUACCGCUGCAAGAAAAAAUUCGUAAUACGGAAGUUGAACGAAAACCGAUGAUGAUUCCAUGUGUUCAAGCAAUGUUUACAUUUGAAAUUAUCAUAAGUUGCUUGAUGAUUGGCGCUCAAACCAUCGCCUCCAGCUUGAUAUGGUUUGGUGGAGAUUUUAUUACCGCUGGAUACACAAUGGACAAAGGCUAUCCCGGUGUUUUCGCUGGCAUAGCGCUGAUGUUGUGUAUAAGAUCCUUUAGGAGAUUUAUAACACUAGCAGAAAAUCAAGCUCAGAAAGUAACGAUGGAUAUCACCCGCGUGGACGGCGGGCACAUGUUAUGGAGCAAUACUGAACUGACCAAAUUACAAUAUUACUCCCAGGCUAUAACCUGCAUUGCGCUGGUUAUUGGUGCACUUUUUUGUUCGAUUGUUGGUUUAUUAGAAUCAGCGAAUUUUUUGCUAUCAGGAUCUGCCAUCAGUGACGCCAACUGGCGAACUGUUCUGGUCAUUGCAGCCAUGCAGGCCUUACUGAUUGUUCCCUGUGGAAUUGUGGGACUAAAUUUGGCUAUACAGGGUUUUAUCGCUACUGGCACACUGGGUCAUCGGGAUGGCGAUAAUAAUUAUCCGCUGAUAGCGGUUACGGACUGGACGCGCACUGCGAAACCGCUACUCAUAUGGCCCAACGCGGUCCAUCAACUGGAAACCGGGACAACUUACGAAAUUUACAUUAGUGGACAACUAGUACUGGAACUGAGUGACAUUAGAAAAAUGCGAUAACAAUGCGAGAUAACAAGUAAGUAACAAAUGCUGUUGCAUUUCUCUGUCUCCGGUUAACUUUCCUUGACGCACCGAAGCCAAAACAACAAAGCCACAUUUUUAAGAUCGCUUUUUUUUACGAAUGCACCGAAGACUUUCACGAAUAAUCAAUGGAUCAAUAUAAAACUAUAAAACAAAAGUAUCAACCGGAUGUAACAGGAGUUUUUUGUCCACCUUUCGCCUUAGCUGCUCCUUUUUUGUUAGAUUCUGCUUUCGUCGAAUCACCAGCACCGCCAUGCAGUUUCAGUUUGUUCUUCAAACCCAACAACACCGCAACCGCCUUGUCGAUUUCUUCUUUUGCUGCAUUCUGAGUUUUCAAUGACCUCACCACUUCUCCCUAAAGAACAACCAAUAUCAACCACUGAAGUAUAAAUAAACGCCUCAAGCUCCUCCGGACUUAGUGCCGCAGCUGGAAUAUCUGGUUUAGGCGCUGGCUUCCCGGCGAAACGUUUCUUCAAAUCUUCCACUUCCGCGCUCUCAAUUCUGCGGAAUAACGGUCCCGGUGUGCCAAUCUUA